AAUUCUUAUGCUAAAAAACCCUUCAAGACAGAUUAUAGAUUCAAAACUCCUUGCAUUGCCUUCCAUCACCCCCCUGUUACUGUGCGGCCAACACACUGCGAAUUUUUAGACCGGGACAUCUGUGCUUGUUUCGUGUAGCAUGGGGGUCCCUGCUUGGUGGGCGGCAGGAUUGGCGGUCCCAGCUGUGAUUGUGAAGGGAUUUGUUGGAGGGCGCAGCAAAUCCAGGAAAGAAGAGGAGGCAAGGACAAGGCCAGAGGAGGGCACAGACCCCAGCUUUGUGUGUGAGCGCGUGUGCACAUCAGACAGGCUUCUCCGCCGCAUGGGUGGUCUCUCAAAGGAUCCAACCCCCAACACAUGCGUAACAGUAUGCGGUGUCUCAGCAACGGAUGCCUGCACAGAGGCGUGCCAGCGAGGAGUGUGCACAAACAUGCACCAGGUGCCAGCAUGGAACGACGCAUGCUUGAAGAGAUGCACCACAGAGUGCACACGAGGGCGGACCUUCUGACGUCUUGCUCUGUCUUGCUUCAAGGGGAAGCAGAUUCUGCCAUGCUGGCGCUGGAUUGCAAGCUCCAUUGAGCAUCUUGCAGCGACAGAGCUUGCUGUUGAAGAGAGCUGACUUGCACAGAUGCCUCCAGCCUGGGAGCCCUCCUGAGGAGCCCAGCUGCAGUGUUAUUCUCUGCACUGAAUGCAACGCUAAUAUGAGCUAAGAGAUGCAGUGGAACUGCAAGAGUCCUACUCCAAAGUAGAUCGUACAUGGCUACGAUAAUCAAAUUGACUGCUUAUAUGCUUCUGCUCCUCACAUUAAUAUUGUGGGCUUUAAUUUGUCCAUCUGACGUGGUUUGUCACCAUGGGCACAUGUGUGUUUGUACCUCGGGCUGAUGCUUGGAUGUGGAUGCAUAAAUGGCACAUUCUACAACUUUGGUUGCCUGAAGACAUAUUUGAAAGGAAGAAGAUAU